AUGAAGAAAUUUUUUGCAGACAUUAAAAAGGACAUCCAGUUUAAGUCAGCAGGGCCUGGUAAAAAGCUGACAGAGGAAACCAGUGCCAGAUCUGAGCCUGUGCAAAGCAGCACAAACAGACCACGGUAUGCACUCACUGAAGGAGCCCAGAGAGCAGGGGCAGCUGCACUUGCACGCAUUGAACAGCAGCCCAAGCCCAAGGUUCAUACUUCUCAUGAUGCCAUUAGGAACCAAGUAAAAAGAGAAUUGGAGGCUGAGGCUGCUGCACAGGCUGAACAAGUAAAGCCAAACACAGCAGAGGGAUCCCAAGUAAAAGAUUCUUCCUGUUUGUCAGUGUCUGGUGUGUAUUUCACUUGCCCUUUAACUGGAGCCACUUUAACCAAAAGUGAGAGGGAGGUGCACAUAAAAGAAGCCAUUUUUAUGCGUUUUGAAGAGGAUGCAGUGGAGGCCUCUGUUAUGAUGAUGCACACGUUCAACAAAGACCGCGAUAAAGUGAAGGCAGCUGUUGACAUCAUCAGCAAGUACGUAGACAACAUUUGUAAAAAUCCAUCAGAGGAGAAAUAUAGGAAGAUUAAACUUUCUAACAAGGUUUUCCAGGAGAAAGUGCGGUGUGUUGAGGGGAGCAGAGAGUUCCUUGAAGCACUGGGCUUUAUAAGCACAAUGCUUCCUGUUGAAGGUCAAGAGGAAGAGGAGGAGUUCUUUGUGUUGCCGGAACAAGGCCCUGAGGCCCUGGAGAUAAUGAAGGACAGAAGGGACCGUCUGCAGAGAGGAGAGCCGGUCAGAGCCGUGCUGGACCGGCAGCCUCAGGCCCUCAGACCGUCUCCCAACGCCCAGCGCUUUGAGUUACCGCCAGAAUUCUACAACCUUUCUGCCGAGGAGCUAAAGAAGGAGCAGCAGCAGCGGAGUGAUUUGGUGGAGAAAAACUCAAUGUUGCGCACUAAAGUAAUGAGGGAGAAAGAUGAACAGAGAGAAAGACGAAAAUAUAAUUACACUUUGUUGAGAAUACGGCUAUGUGAUGGAAACUUGUUACAAGGCACGUUUUAUGCCUGGGACCGCCUCACAGUAUUGUAUAAUUUUGUGAGAGAGUCUCUGGUGGAUGGAUGGCAGCCUUUUGAAUUGAUCGCUCCAGGAGGUCAAAAACUACUUGAGUCUGAAGAGGUGGCUCUGGCAGAGUGCAACUUGGUGCCUGCUGCACUGCUCACCUUCAACUGGGACUCGGCUGUACAGGCAGAUAUCGCAGCUGCAAGAGGAAACAGCCCAGCUCUUCUCAAACCAGAGCUGCUUGAAAACAUUCAAACCUUGAGCUGA